GAACUGUGAAGAUCAGCCAAUCAGCGCCCGGCUUCGAACGCGACUUCAGCUGCAUAGUUCGGUUGCAGUGAAUCCAUGUGGGUCCAAUGUUGACUUGCUCGCUUAGAAAGUUGAGGAGUUAACUCUACUUACAGUUAGCGUUUCAAAAUGUCUUCGACAUUCUUCAUUAAGAAAAAAGAAAACCCCAAAUUUGCCAAAAAGGGAAACAAUACAGCGGGGCUAAAACGAAAGGGUGAUGGAGACUCUGCUGGUAAAAAUAAGCUACGAGCCAAGAAACCCGUCUCCAAACACAACGAAGAGAUUUCCAGUGACUCGGAGACAGAGAGUCCUAUAGUGCACAGGAAAAGACAGUCCAAUGAAGAACAUGAUUAUGACGAAACACCACAGGAGAAGAAGCUUAGAUUAGCCAAACGUUACCUGGAACAGCUAAAGGAAGAAGAGGAAGAUAAAGCAGAAGAGGAGUCCUUUGAGACUGACCUGAUUGCUGGAAGACUUCAAGAAGAAGUGCUUGAACAAAAAGGAAAGCUUCAGCGGCUCAUUGCCAAAGAUCUCAUGCCACCGGAUGCUUCAGAGAUCAGGGUGUUAAGAGGACACAAACUUCCAAUUACCUGUCUUGUCAUAAGCCCUGAUGACAAGUACAUCUAUUCUGCUGCCAAAGACUGCUCCAUCAUUAAAUGGGACAUUGAGAGUGGAAAGAAAGUGCACACAGUACCUGGUGGAAGGAAAGGUACUGAGGAUCGGCAUGUAGGACACACAGCCCAUAUCCUGUGUAUGGCCAUUUCAUCAGAUGGAAAAUACUUGGCCACUGGAGACAUGAACAAACUGAUCAUGAUCUGGGAGGCGGAAACGUGUAAACAUCUCUAUAAAUUCACAGGACACAAAGGCCCUGUGUCGGGUCUUUCAUUCAGGAGGGGAACUCACGAUCUGUACAGUGCCUCUCAUGAUCGCUCAAUAAAGGUGUGGAAUGUGGACGAGAACGCAUAUGUUGAGACUCUCUUUGGGCAUCAGGACGCCAUCACAGGACUGGACAGCCUGAGCCAAGAGCGCUGUGUGACGGCAGGAGGAAGGGACCGCUCAGUGAGGGUGUGGAAGAUAGCCGAGGAAUCUCAGCUGGUGUUCCACGGCCACGAGGGUUCAAUUGAUUGCAUCCAGCUCAUAAACGAGGAGCACAUGAUCACAGGAGCUGAUGAUGGCUCUGUGGCUCUGUGGAGUGUCAACAAGAAGAAGCCUCUCAGCACAGUGAAAAGGGCUCACGGUUGCCAUGGUGACGCAGGUCUGGAGCAGCCUCAUUGGGUUGCUGCGGUGGCGGCGCUUCAGAACUCAGAUACAGUUGCCUCAGGUGCCUCUAGCUGUUCACACAACUCACAGGUGAAACUGUGGAAAUGUGGUCAGAAUUACCGCGGGCUGGAGCCUCUAUUCAGUGUACCAGUGUGUGGUUUUGUCAACAGUCUGAAGUUUUCCAGCUCUGGUCAGUUCUUGGUGGCAGGAGUUGGACAGGAGCACAGGUUGGGUCGAUGGUGGAGAAUAAAAGAGGCCAAGAAUGGGAUCUAUAUUAUUCCUCUUAAAAGGAAACCUACAAAUCCAGAGGAAGCCAAGACAACUGAAUAGUGGACUGUGAGGUGUCUUUUAUUUUAUAAAUUAAAGGUGUAAAAAAAAAAUGGCCUGUGUAUCAUGUUAUCAUUGCUUUUCCUCUUUUUUUGAGGAAGAAAUCUAAAUCUUAAAAACAACAAAGUAAUUUGUUUAUUUUAUUUUAUGAAAAAGCUUUAACAGGAUAAGUCAAGGAGUCAGCAGCGUCAGCUGUGUCUGACAUGGGCCGCACAGGACAAAAGGCUGUAUUGACUCAACUCUUACCAUCUUAUGAUCCAAACAUGUGUUUUUAACGUGUCUUUUUCAAGAAUUCUGCUGAAAGUUUCUAUGUCAAAGUGUCUGCUGGAAAAUGUUAACAUCACUUAAAAAAAUAAAUAAAAAAAUA